AUGUGUCGUUUCAUGAUAUAUAAGGGCCGUGAGCCCAUGGUACUAUCAGAUUUAUUAACAAAACCAGCACAUUCUAUUAUUAACCAAUCUUUUGAUUCUAGACUAAGGAUUGAUAUGCGGAACCCCAUAAAUGGAGAUGGGUUUGGUGUUGGGUACUAUUCGCCGAAAAAUCAACCAUGCAUAUUUAAGGCGAUAACGCCGGCAUGGAACAAUGUCAAUUUGAACAACUUGUCUAUGUGUACUGAGUCACACUUGGUGUUUGGACAUGUUAGGGCAUCGACGCAGGGGGUAUUGGCAGAAACUAACUGUCAUCCAUUUUCAUUCGGGAAGAUAAUGUUUAUGCAUAACGGGGGUAUUCUGUCGUUUAACUUAAUCAAGAAAAAGCUAAUUAAUCACUUGGAUGAUCAAUUUUUUCUUUAUAUCCAAGGAUCAACCGAUUCCGAAUGCUGUUUUGCACUCUUUUUGGAUACCUUGUUAAAGAUGGGCUAUAAUCCUUCUGACAAUUCAACAAGUUUCACACAUACAAUCUUGAGACAAGCAUUACUUACAACGAUAGAACUUAUAAAGAAUUGGCAAACCCACACAACUAAUGAACCAUCAUUAAUGAAUUUUGCGGUUACAGAUGGAGAGCUGAUCGUGAUAAGUCGUUAUAUUACGUCCAAAACAGACGAAGCGGCAUCGCUUCACUUCAGUACGGGAUCUAAGUUCUUUGAAUAUGAACCAGGAUUAUUUAAAAUGGAAAGGUUGAAUAGAUCCCAAGACGUUAUCUUUGUUGCAAGUGAACCAUUGACCUUUGAGAGAGGUGAUUGGAUUUGCGUGCCAACAAAUUCUACAAUUACUAUAACCAAGAAUAAUACGGUUUUAAUGCAUCCAAUUGACGAUGAAUUUUAUGAUGGCGGCAUGAUUGAGAGAUCAUCAGGGUUGGCUAUGAGUAAGGGUUUAAUGGGCGGUGUUCCAACUAAGAGUCACAACGAAUCAGGAAUAUCGAUGGAGAAUGAAGUAGAUUCUUCAAUUGCCGAUUUACCUCCUCUAGAAAGAGAAGGACGGAAAACAAAUUCAGAGUCAGCGAUCGUCUAA